AUGUUCCCCGAACUCCUCAAUUUCGGGAGCAACUUGGGCGUUCUCAUUGAUUGCUCCAACGCAACGCCAAUACGCUGCCGAGGCGGCAUCGGGUACAAAUGCUGUUACUGCAGCGAGGAAUACCCCCAUGCGUCUGACCUCAAGCAACACAACUUAAAAGCGCACGACGCAAAAACCAGAUGCGGUCUCAUUAAAGGCAAAUAUGGAGCUUCAUCAUUGGUUAAAUUGGAUAUCACGUCAUUGCAAUGUUCCGAAUGCCUCCGCGAUUUAGACACUAUAGAAAGUCUAAUAGACCAUCUAACAGAAGACCACGGAAAGGUUAUACAUAAGGACAUAAAGAACUACAUCGUGCCCUUCAAAUUUCACGGCGAAGAACUCCGCUGCGUAAUAUGUUUCACGUUAUUCAACAAAUUCAAAGUCCUCCAGGAGCAUAUGAGUGCGCAUUUCAGGAAUUUCAUUUGCGAUUACUGCAGCGCCGGCUUCGUUACUAGGACUAUCCUUUUGAACCACAUAAAAGGUCACGAGGUGGGCUACUACAAGUGCGACUACUGUUCCAAGACCUACGACACGCGUCGCAAGAAAAAAGCCCACGAGAGACUUGUCCACAUUCACCGGAACAUGUUGAACAAAUGUGGGUAUUGCAACGAGAAGUUUAACAGAUUCUCGAAGAAGGAGGAGCAUUUGGUAAGAGUUCACGGUGUGCGAUCUGUCAGCUUCAACUGUCUGGCGUGCGACAAAACCUUCGUCACCCAAAGAGCUUUGAGGGACCACACCAAAAGAGACCACUUGAUGGAGCGUCGACACAAAUGCGGCGUGUGCGACAUGAUGUUCUUUAGGCAGAGCGAUGUCAGGAAACACAUGGUGAAGCAUACUGGGGAUAGGAUAUUCCAAUGCGAGGUCUGCCUCAAGUCGUACGGCAGGCGGAAUACGUUGCGCGAGCACAUGCGUAUACAUGCGGACGACAGGCGUUUUAAAUGCGUUUACUGCGGGCAGGCGUUUGUGCAGAAGUGCAGUUGGCGCGGGCACAUGCGUGCUAAACAUGGCGAGCAGGUUUAA